GCUGCCAAAAUCAAUACUGGUAUCUUUUGGAAAAUAUUACAACAACAACCUUUCUUUUCCCAUUUUUUCCAGUCGUGAAGUGAAGGUCAGCUAUUGCAUCAGCCGGGUGAAUUUGGGGAAGGCACUGGCAGGAGCUGUUGGUCAGUUCCAGGCCCUCCCCUUAAAGGUGAUAGUGUCAUGGGGGAUUACCGACGGGUGAUUUAGGAAUGUACAAAUAAAGGCCGUAGAUGGCCUCUGGUUUUUUUAUGAGAACAGAUUGAUAUUCAACAGCAGAGAGAGUGAAUAGCCAUGCCCACACGUGUGUAUAAAUACACCUGCACACUGAGGGGACCCAUUCCCUGCCAGGAGCAGACUGAAGAUGGGCUCGUGGGGGACACUGCUGGCUUUCGCCCUGUGUGUGGGAUGUGCUUCAGCAGCCACUCUCGGUGUGGUCUACACAGAAGGAGGAAUGGUGGAAGGCACACACAAGCGGAAAGGCCUCUUCAGAUCCAUGGAUAUCUUCAAGGGGAUUCCCUUUGCUGACCGGCCAGGCCGAUUCGAGAAUCCUAAACCUCACCCAGGGUGGUCAGGAGUGCUGAAGGCCACUGAGUUUCGGAAGAGGUGUCUCCAGAUUACAUUCACCCAGACCAGCACUCGGGGCAGCGAGGACUGUCUCUACCUGAACAUCUGGGUCCCUCAGGGCUCUAAAGUGUCCACUGGCCUGCCAGUCAUGGUGUACAUCUACGGGGGGGCCUUCCUGGUGGGGGGGAGCCAGGGAGCCAACUUCCUGGAGAACUACCUGUACAGCGGCGAGGAAAUCGCAGACCGCGGCAAAGUCAUUGUGGUUACCGCCAACUACCGCGUGGGAACGCUGGGCUUCCUCAGCACUGGCGACGCCAACGGACCUGGGAAUUACGGGCUGCGGGACCAGCACGCCGCCAUCGCCUGGGUGCACAGGAACAUCAAAGCGUUCGGCGGAGACCCCGACAACAUCACCAUCUUCGGAGAGUCGGCAGGGUCCGCCAGCGUCAACUUCCAGAUCCUGUCUCCGUACAACAAGGGACUGAUCCGGAGAGCCAUCUCGCAGAGCGGAAUGGCGCUCAGCCCCUGGGCUCUCAACAGGAACGCCCUGUACUGGGCCAAGAAGAUCGCGGAGAAGGUGGGCUGCCCCACCGACGACACCGCGCGGCUCAUGGGCUGCUUGAAGAUCACAGACCCUGUGGCCGUCACCCUGGCUGGGGACCUCAUGCUUUUCGGCUCCAGCGACCCCGUGGUGUGGAACCUGGGCCUCUCUCCUGUUGUCGAUGGUGACUUCAUUCCCGACGACCCUGGCAACCUGUUCCACAACGCCGCCGACAUCGACUACAUCGCCGGCAUCAACAACAUGGAUGGGCACCUGUUCGCUGGCUUAGACGUCCCCUCCAUCAACAGGGCCAAGGAGACCACCAACCCAGAGGACCUGAAGAGGCUGCUGAGGGGCCUGACCAGGGAGAAGGGGGAGCAGGCCGUCCAGAGCGCCUUCGAGCUGUACACACAGAACUGGGGCCCGUCGCCCUCACAGGAGACCAUCAAGAAGACGGUGGUGGACGUGGAGACCGACUUCCUCUUCCUUGCGCCCACAGAGUCUGGUCUCUACCUGCACGCUAACAAUUCCAAGACCGGUCGCACCUACUUCUAUGUCUUCUCCAUGCCUUCCCGGAUCCCAAUCUUCCCCAAAUGGAUGGGCGCGGACCACGCCGAGGAUCUCCAGUACGUCUUCGGGAAGCCCUUCACCACGCCGCUGGCCUAUUUCCCCCGCCACCGAGAUGUCUCUGGUUACAUGAUCGCCUACUGGACCAACUUCGCCCAGACAGGUGACCCCAACAAAGGAGAGUCCAAGGUACCAGCCCAGUGGCCACUGUUUACCAGCACAGGACACAAGUACCUGGAAAUCAACAACAAGAUCAACCAGAACUCCAUCAAGGCCAUGCUGAGGACUCGCUUCAUUCAUUACUGGACCUCAACUUACCACAGUCUUCCCCCCUUUUCCAAUUCCACUGCAGAAUACUGAGCCCCGCCUUGUGACGGUGGGAACCCCUCCCACUCACCUUGUGCCCCGCCCCCACGCCAAUGUAGCCCCGCCCCCAGCCACCCCCCACCUCUCACUGUGCCGUUUCCCAGUCCGCCCACACCCAUCCACGUGCGCCACACCUUCGAUUAACCACACCUGUGUCCCCUUCCCCACCUGUCUUCCAGUUGCCACAGCGUGUGCUGUGUUGGCACGGGAUGAAGUUCAAUAUUCUACCUUUGCCCUUCUCACUAAUGCAUUUCUCUGUACUCGCCCGUCGGCGCCCCUACCACUUGUAUGCUUGAUAUUUUUCGUAAAAAUGAAUGGUAAAGUUAGCUGUAUAUGUACUGGCAUAGAAUAGAUUGCUGAUUUCUCUUAAUACGUUAGAACAAAUGAAUAGAGGGCCUUAACGACCUAGCUGGAAAGUUUUGUUACAGACACCCACAACUCUUGGUGUAUAGAACUGUUUCCUAUUUGCCAUCUUAAAUGAAAGCAGUUUCUUCAAGAUUUGA